GACUGCACCCGUCCUAUCAUCGGGUGGGGAAAAUUGUAAAGUUGUGAGAAGCAAAUAUUGAUCUUUUGACGUCUGGUGCGAGUAUUUGUGUGCGGGCGUGCCUGCGUGCGUAAGACGCUCCCGAGUUUUCUCGACCUUCGAACUGUUGCAACGCAACAGUCGAUCGACUUGCCACCACCACUAAUUGACAGCCGGACGUGUUCUCCGGCGCGUUUGGUAUAAUUUGAACAUUCGGGUGGAAACUGUCGAGCGAACGGAUUGUCUCACUGUGUGUAGCACACUGGACAGACUGACCAAUUGGCAUUUCCUGUGCAUUUAGCAACGUCAACAAUUCCCGACCCGAUCGUACUGUCGUAGGGGCGGUUGGUGAUCGUGUUCUAUACCCCGCAGCAUUACCGUUAUUGUAUGCUUCAUUGCACAAAACGCACGGUUGGCAGGUGUGAAAUUUCAUCAGCUGAUGUGAUUGCACGUGUUGAGAGGGACAACACGGGAAAGAGAGAGAGAGAGAGAGCCGCUUAUCCACUCUGCUAAAACCUGUAAAUGAAAACCAUCAUCAUCAGUGUAGAUUAGUGCAGCCGUUUUGAAGUGACCUAAUUAGUGCCAUGUGUAACCGGAGAGGGAAAUAUUGUACGUCCGGCCACCCCCUUCGGUACUAGAAUUUGGCGAACUGCGAGGUAAUAUCCAGCCAGAAUGCAUCCAAUGAUAAGCACAUCAUCCGCCACCCUGACCCUGACGACGGCCGCCAUCUUUAUGCUAACGCUCAGCUAUGCAAACGGGUUCGCAACGCUACCGACGGAGCUGGAUCGGACGCAGCAACGGUGCCAGCUCGAGCGCACCUACAAAAUGGUCGGCUAUAACUGUGCCAACCUAAACCUGAAGGAAAUUCCCCAGACGCUCAAGUCUAGUCUCGAGAUAUUCGAUCUCAGCUUCAAUCGUAUCCGAGAUUUAAAUCCGCAAUCCUUCGCCCGGUACAGUUCGGUCAAGUAUCUGUAUCUGUUCGAGAACAUGAUCCACAACGUGGAGCCGGAAACGUUCAGCUCGCUCACGAACCUGGAGGCGAUCGAUCUGUCGAAUAACGCACUGAUCAGCAUACCGCUAGAGCUGUUCCGGCUACCCUCCCUGCGCAACCUUUACGUCAGCCACAACACACUCAGCAAGCUGGACGAAGAUCUUCCUGCCCUAGAGAAGCCAAUCAAAGCUCCACUGCAGGUGCUCGGGCUGGCCGACUGUCGGUUACAGCGGCUGCCCGACCUUGGCGUCCUGCCCGACCUCUGGCAGCUCAACAUCUCGUCCAACCCGAUGAAAGAGCUCACCCUCGGUCAGUUCUCGCCCAUGUGCAACCUCAAAACGGUCGAGCUGAACAACACCCAGAUCCCGAUCUGUCCCUGCCAGGUGCUGACGGCCGAGUUGGUCCUUCGGCGGACCAAAAUUAUGUUCCCUCCCUUGUACUGCAUCCCGCUAACAUCGUCAGAACAAAACCUAUGCAAUGCCGAAGCGAAACGCGACAUCGAGCCGGACCAGGUGGCCGACUACCACCAGUGCAUGGAGAUACGCAACUCCCGCCAGCUCGACACGGAAGCCAAAUCGGCCUGGAUGAAGAUUUCGGCCGCGGUGGCCGGCUGCAUCGUCCUGUUCGCGACCAUCCUCUUCUGUCUGCAUCGGCGGAACGCGCGCCGGCUGAAAGCGAAGCGAAAGCCAAAGAAGGUGCCGUUGAAAAGCAUUAACCGCGUCGUCCUGGUACCGGGACCGGCCGGUGAUGGGCCCGAGUCGGAGGUGCCACCCGCGACGACGACAGGGACGACCAUCACUGCCAAGUGUGAUAAACUGUUGAGCGAUUGUGAUUAGUGAAGAUACGCACCGAGUUGUUUGCUUGUUGUUUUGUUUAGAGCAGCUUCAUAAGACUAACUAUAGGAAUUUAGGGUUUUUUUUGAUAAGCGAAGCGUUCGUCCUCCUGUACAUAGGCCAUUGUUUUUAGCAGCAUACCAAAUAGUAACACACAAACAGACAGAUUUAAAGAAACGCGCCCGUUGCCAUGUAAUAACUUAAGAACUUCCUAGAGCAUAUUAGCAAUUGUUGAUAGAAUACGUGUUAAGAUGUUAAUGAUGAUGGUAUGAUGGGAAGUAGUGCACAAAUAACAGUGAAUUACUGCUAUUUGCUGACGAACGAACCUGUAUAUUUGUAACGAAGAUCAAAUACAUGCGUGCCAAACAUAUAAUUACGAUACAAUUUUAAGAAAA